AUGGAGUUCCCGGUGGUCUCAACUCGAGGCAACCUAGAGCUGGAGGUCAUGAGCCGCGCACCCCUCUUUGGUGGCGACACGCGACUUGGCUACGUUUCCCUGAGCCUGGACGACAUUACCUCUCCUGCGGCGGUUCUGACCACUGGCCCAGGGGACUCCCAGCUGGCCUACCGCUGCGAGCCUCUCUUGGGGGCCCAGAGAGGGGAGCUGGUGCUCAUCAUGGAUUACAAGAAGCUGCAGGCAGUGCGCCGUCGGCUAUCUUGUGGUGCUUUCGGGAAUUCAUUGCUCCGUCGAGCAGCACAGUUCAGGGCCUUCUUCCUCUACCACUACUGGCCCUGUGAUAAGUCUAUCUUCCAGAUGUACAUGCAUGAGCCGAUUGAUAUCUGCUUAUUGCUACUGUCUUUGAGCCCGUUUGUGUUUGUUCGGGUGGUGUUUUAUACAGUUCUUUUGCUGUGUUUAUGCGUCCCGUGGCCUCCUGAUGAGCAUCAGAUCGUUCAGUUCAUCCUCGCGUGCAAGGGAACAGCCAUUAUCUCGGAUGGUGCCGGGCGUGUCUUCUAUGGGAUCUUCACCUACUACCUGUGUGCCAGGGAGGGCACCUGCUCCACUGGCGGUGCUCCUGGAACGGGCGUGAGCUUCACAUAUGUGGCGCUGGAUCUCUACCAGGAGGUGCUCGUUUGGGCCGUUUGCUUCCUGCUCCUGCCCCAUAGCUUGCCGUACCUGAAUCGGGGGACCGGAGCGUCAGGUGCGGGUGAUGUGCAGAGAGACGUGAGCACAGAGGACGUGCAUCGUGGAGGUCGCAUGCAGGCACUGCUGCAGUACAACAUGCUGGUGUUUGCGAUCAGCCUGGCGAUCUUCCUGACAUUGUCGGCUCGGGACAUGGUGGCAUUCAGCUGGGAUGAAACCGGCUUGCUCGCGGCAGUCUGGAGGUGCCGCGUCGCGGAGAACUUUUUCUGGGCGCGCGCCAUCUUUGGUCUUUGCAUGUUUCCCUUCCUCUUCCUGCUGCAUCCACAGAUCAACAAGCUGCUGACCCACAGUACACCGACAGGCUACACCCGAUUGGGCACAUUGAAGAGGCACAGGCCCAUUUUGCGGCCCAAAAGGCAGCCGCCGAGCGAGAGCCCUGAAUCCGUCAGGGAGACGCUUAAGGAGGCAAUUGAAGAAUCUGCCCCUGCGACUCCGAAGCCGGAUCAAGAAGCCACGCCAGUCCAGGGCAAUUCAGAGACCACGGGAUCGGCUACCGUCUGCAGCACUGACAGAGCUGAUCCAAUCGCGGACUUGCAAACAGUUGUUCGUCGCCUGCCCGGCGGAUCGCUUGCCUUGAGGGGCGGUAGCCUGUGUGUUUGGGCGACAGGCAAGGCGGCAAAAACCGCGGUGACUGUGGUGUCGCUGGAGAUUCGGGUCGCCAGUGCAGCUGUGUCGUUGGGUUUGCGGGCAGCAGAUGCAGGGCGCACGACUGCCCUGGCCGUGGCGAGACGAGUCGUUCCAGGAAGUGACACUGCCGUCGUGCGUUUUGCUCGGGCUCGUGCAGAGGGGGCAGAGCAACUCGUUGUCAAAUUGGUCCGCUGUUGUGAUCGCGCUUUGCAGGGACCAGUGGGUGUGGCAAAUCGCAUCGCUGGCCAUGUGCCCGGCGGCCGCACGGCCCUGUCCGUUCUUGGCAGCGUGAGUCGGCUGGCUGGUGGCCUUGUGCGAACCUUCUAUCGGAUGGCUGCGGUUGUGGAGUCGCCUGGUGAGGUCGGGUCCAAUGGCGAGUGCGAACAGCUGGCCGAUUCGCCCCUGGGCAUCCAGGCCGGGCUGCCAACGAUCGAGCUGCUGCAAGCGGCAGGUGGCAGUGAGCUCGUCGAGUUGAGCGAAAAGGCAGAGCUGGUGAAGCUCGAAGCGGCUGCCAGGCUCGCAGAGCUCCUCACGCGCGCGGAGCGCCUCGCGGAGCGGGAGGUGGCCGAGGCCAGGGAAGCAUUGCAGCGCGUCCAGCCGGAGAUCAGCAAGAUCUCGCAGGCAGUCCGAGACAGGAGUCAAGGAUGGGCAUGGGAGCUGCAACGUGCAAAGGGCACUUGCGAAAGCAUGUGCCGCUCCACCGUCGCUUGGACGUCUGAUCUGGCAGGUCGACUUCCUGUAGCCGGUCAGGUCCUUUUGGGUGCUUUCCGGCGGGAGCUGCAGGAGCUACAGGAGCAAGGCCGCCCUGAAAAGACCUUGGUGCAAACUCUGGAGGCGUACUCCCGGGUGCUUUUCUCCUCAGCUUGUGAGGCCGUCUUAGAACUUCGACCCCAGAAAACGCCCCUGGCGACGCCCACGAGUCCGGGGCCGGCGCCUUUUCCGAAGUUCCCAAUGCAAUUCUCAGAAACCACAAGUUUUGCAUGGGCAUUACCAGACCAAAGGGCCUUAAACUUGCGAGUGCCCAGGUUCGGAAACGAACGAAGGCCCGGUUCAAGAUCGCGCUGCAGCAGCCCCACUCCCACUCCCAAGGCUGGCCUCAGAAUCCGAGAGCUCUCUCCUAAAGUGAAACCUCCUAAACCCUAA